GGGCGUGGGUCGGAACUCGGAAGUGUUUCUCCGUGCAAGAGAGGACAAGCAAUCGCUUCUAGCCUCGGGAAGUUCUACCGAAGAAGCCGCUGGUGGAGUCCGCGAGGGAGCCUUUACCUGUGCGUGCGCAGCUCCCUCAACUUCGCCGCCAGGGACCUUUAGGCGAAGAAGUGAAGCAUGGCCUCCUUCAGCUCGACCGAGUAUGGGAAGACGGACUUUGUUCUGCUGGACCAGCUCACGGAGGAGGCCUUCAUGCAGAACCUGAAACUCCGGUUCAAAAUGGGAAAGAUCUACUCUUACAUCGGUGAGGUAGUUGUAUCUGUCAACCCCUACAAGCAGAUGGCAGUGUACGAGACUCAGUACGUGGACGAUUACCGAGGAAGAGAGAUGUAUGAAAGAGAGCCGCAUAUCUUUGCUCUGGCCGACGCAGCCUACCGCUCCAUGAAGCGAACUGGGCGGGACUGCUGCAUUGUGAUAUCCGGUAUACCAUGACCCUCUCCCUCACUCACCUCUCUCACCCUCUCUCUCCGUCUUAACAAGCCAAAUUAGGAGAACAAUGUUACCCCCUCCCCCCCUCUCUCUCUCUCUUCCACCUCUCAUCCAAAGAACAAUCUAUUACCCCUUUUCUCGCUUCCUUCUCUAUAUUCCUUCUUCCCCUCUCCCAGUCUAAGAGCCUUUCCUCUAAGCCAAAUUGGCAGAAGUCAGACGAAAUAUACCACAACUUCUGAGUCAUUACCUAAUCCCUUCAGUCCAUUUAUAUACUACAUUUAGGUAAUGUGUUUCCUUGGUAUAUACAUAUGCACG